AUGUCCAAGACACAUACAAUUGUCCUGACACCGAUGUGCUACACUGCCCGCACCCUUGACAACAGUUGCAGGACCAUUGAGGAGUGCACGAAGAAGAUAAGUGAUAUAAAAACAGAUGUGAAGAGGAGGGAAAGGAGGAGGCGGCAGUUGUCAAGUUUGACAGGGGUUGGGCCAGCUCCGAAAUUGGAGGAUUGGGACGAUAAGAUGAUUAACCUGAUUGGUGACUCAGCGAUUGGAGGCUUUGCUGGUGUUGAUACAUUCUUGAUAAAGAAGGCUGUCACGUUAAACCUGAACUACACACCCAUCCCAGCCCUGGAGAAUUCCCCUGUGACACUAACAUGCUCCUACACAGGACUACAGACCGAUGAGACCAUAAUACGUGUCAGCUGGGAGGUUAAGGCUUUAAAUGAAGCUGUGGAAAUAAAAGGAAGGAUUCUCAUGCCAGCUUGUACUGCUAUUGGUGUUAUUGAUACGAGUCUUUACAGGUUUUCUUGUGGAUUGGGUUAUUUCACAUGGACAUUUCUCAACGUCAGUAGGAAUAGUGAUCAGCAUAUGUGGCGGAAUACAAUUGCUACAACAUUGAAUGGAUACGAAACCAACACAACACUUAAUGUUCAAGUUCCUAUCACAGCUGUAAGCAUGACAGCACCUACUGAUUCCACAGUGACCAUAAACGCCGGUGAUUCUGAGACGUUCAAAUGUAGGACGUCAGGUGGACUUCCCCAGGCUACAAUCAAAUGGUUCAAGGUGACAGGGGACACGUGUUCUCAAUCUGGAACAGAGCUCACGUCUUCAGUUUCCAGCCCUUCUGUCAGUGUUGUCGAUGGAUUGAAGCAAGUAGAAAGUACCUUGAUAUUUACUGCUACGAGAACACAGAAUGGGCUGGGGAUAUGUUGCACUGCCAGUAAUGUUGCCGGGAUGCAGCGUGUGUCCAGGACCAAACCACUGGAUGUUAGAUCUCGUCCAUGGUAUCAAAUAGGCGUCCGCGCAACAUAGCUCCAUUGGAGCUAAAUCUGGGAUGUAAGGUGCAUGCUCCGCUCUCAGUCCAAAGAUGACCGGCUCGAGGGUAGAAG